AUUCCUAAGGGGGUAUGUCCCUUCCGUGGGUCAAAGUCAGAGACUACAAGGAGGGAGCCCCAGAGCACCCACCUCUCCUUGCCUGGGAAACUAGAAGUGGAGCUGGGGAAAAGGAGGAGGUGAAAAGGAUGGGCAGCAAGGAAGAUGUGGGGAAGGGAUGUCCGGCGGCCGGUGGCGUCUCCAGCUUCACCAUCCAGUCCAUCCUGGGCGGGGGCCCCUCCGAGGCACCGCGGGAGCCCGCCGGGUGGCCAGCCAGGAAACGCAGCCUGUCUGUGUCCUCGGAGGAGGAGGAGCCGGAGGAAGGUUGGAAGGCUCCGGCUUGCUUCUGCCCAGAUCCGCACGGCCCCAAGGAGCCAAGCCCUAAACACCAUCCCCCCAUCCCUUUCCCUUGUCUGGGUACCCCCAAGGGCAGCGGAGGCGCAGGGCCUGUGGCCUCGGAGCGCACGCCUUUCCUUUCUCCUUCUCACCCGGACUUUAAGGAAGAGAAAGAGAGGCUUUUGCCGGCGGGCUCGCCUUCUCCGGGCCCGGAGCGGCCACGGGACGGCGGUGCGGAGCGCCAAGCCGGAGCGGCCAAGAAGAAGACGCGCACCGUCUUCUCCCGUAGCCAAGUGUACCAGCUCGAGUCCACCUUCGACAUGAAACGCUACCUGAGCAGCUCCGAGCGCGCUUGCCUCGCCUCCAGCCUGCAGCUCACCGAGACCCAGGUUAAGACUUGGUUCCAGAACCGCCGCAACAAGUGGAAGCGGCAGCUCUCGGCCGAGCUGGAGGCAGCCAACAUGGCACACGCGUCGGCGCAGACUCUCGUGGGCAUGCCGCUCGUGUUUCGGGACAGUUCGCUGCUGCGAGUGCCGGUGCCGCGCUCUCUGGCCUUCCCGGCUCCGCUUUAUUACCCGAGCAGCAAUCUCUCGGCCUUACCGCUCUACAACCUGUACAACAAGCUUGACUACUGACAUGCUCGCCCGCUGGCUCCCGGGACUGCCCCUGGUCGCCUGCAGCUGCCUGCAUAACCCGGCGCGGUCGGGAUCCUUCGCAGAGCUCCUUCGCAGAGCGGCGCGUGUCCAGAAAUAUUAAGAAAUACACCAUGUGUAUUCGUUA